CCGUCUCCAUUAUAUUCCGUGCUUCAGUGUUUGUUAAAGUGAGUGUGCGCGCACUGGAGUCAGUUAUUUUUUGUUGUGGGUUUUGCGGAGAAGUAACGGUUUAAAGUUUAGCUCGAACGUAAUAAUUCAAGUGGUCCAAUGCGAUUUUAGCGCGUGCGUUACCGAGCGAUGUAAUUCGUGAAAAGUGAACUAUAUCUCCAUAGUUACCAGUUCAGACAACCUGCUUGUGAAACGGUGCUAUCUGGCCCGCAUGCUGGUCAACGAUAAACUUCAGUCACGUUACAUGAGUAGCCACCGACGUCAGGAAAAUGGGAAAAAAUAAACGUGGAAGAGGGAUGCGUCCCCCAGCACCGGUUGAAGAACGAUGGCCCAUGCCUCCUCCUCGCGGCGGAUUCCACGGACCAGGUCUCCCCCGCCCAAUGGGUCCACAUGGCCCGAGGUUUUCUGUGCCACCACACGAGUUCGGACCGGGACCCCCCAGAAUGAUGAUGAUGAUGGAUGGCAUGGUAGAUGAUAGACGGUUUAUGGAUGAUGACCCGAUGGAUUUCCUGGACAGACCGCGUUUUCCACCUUUUGUGGGGUUUAAUGACGGACCAGAUCCACGCUUUUACAAUCCAGACUAUGGAUGCCGACCGCAGUAUGGUCCUCCGCAAUUUGGUGGUGGACCUUCAGACUUCUGUGCGCCCGAGUUUAACGAUAGACCAGGUUUCCAUAUGAUGAACCCAAUGGAGUGUUAUCCAAUGGACCGAAAUUAUGGGCCACCACCACCAAUGGAUGGCAAUCUUGCAUUUGGAGAGAGAGGAGGCUUUGGACCACCACAUGAUUUUCAAGGACUAGGUCCAGUACAACCACCCCAGGCAUUUAAUGCUGCUAGUUUGCCUCAACCGCCCCUAAAAACCGAACCACCACCACCACCACCACAACAACCUCAAAAGGAAACUGAACCAUCGAAAUCGACAGAGGCUAAAAAUGACCCCCCUGAGACGGUGGCCUCCAAGUUAUCAGCAUUCAAGAAAUUCACAUCAAAUCCACCUCGAGGACGCUCAUUGGGAGUCAUUACAUUUGUUGGUAAUAGCACUGGCUUCAUCGAGCGUGAGGAUCUGAAAAAGUUUUCCUUUGUCUUCAAUGCUUUUUAUGGUAAACGAACUUAUCUGGUGCCUGGGGUUAAGGUGCAUUUUACUGUUGUGAAGAAUAUGGGUAAAGAAGUGGCGACUGAUGUUAAAGUGGCUCCAGGAGGGACAGAAGACAUUGACAGCACGGCGUACGAAGGUGUGGUUACUACAACCCUUACUGAUGAAAAUGCGAAGGAGACUAAUCCUGGCCGCGUCAGGACCAUUAUAUCCGUGGAUCCUGUUAAUAUUCCCUUUGGAAAGGCUGACACCAGCAUAACUCUUCUGCUGUAUGAUCGUGUGGAGUUCCAGUUAGUGACAAAUGUAUUAACUAACGAACAAAGAGCAACAAACAUCAAACCAAUAGCCAAAGAAACGUUUGUGCUCACCAAGGAAUUCAGAGAGAAGGGUGUGAUUGUGGAAAAGACCAAUGAAACCCUGACCAUUAAGACCAAGAUUCAUGGAGACCUGACUGCCUCUCCUGCCGAUCGUUUGUCAGAAGAUGAACUGAAUGUUAAGGAUGAAGUGGAGUUCACAGUUUUCACAGUGAAUGACGAAAAGAAGGCCAUUCGACUUAUGAAGAUAUCAGAGGGCACCCUUUCUCAAGCAGAAGGCAAUGAAAAAAUUUCCAACCUAACAUCUGCAACUUCCCCUGUGAAAGACAAGUGGAAGCCGGUGACCGCUGAACCUGGAGUUGUGUCCUAUGAUAUAAGCCGUGAGAAACAUGAGGGAACAAUUGUCAAAGUUGCACCGAAGACUUCCCUAACAAAGGAGGAGGCGGACAAACGUGAGCCUGCCCUGGGUCUUUUGCUUACAACGUUGGAGGGCACAGACAAGAAAUUGUCUUUUAGGUCAUGUGAUGUGAUCACAAAAGCCACCAUGAUGGUCGGUGACAAUGUUCAGUUCAACAUCUCCACCAACAGCGUAACUAAAGAAGAGCGUGCUGUAAACCUAGAGAUUCUACCGGACAGCUUCCAGACAGACUCUAAUGAACAACGAAAAAUCGGUCUUGUUGUCAAACUGGAUGAUAAAUCUGGCUUCAUCAAGACUCAACAGGACCCACAAAUGAUUUUUUACAUGAGUGAGGUCAUGGAUGAGACCAAACUCCAUUUGUUCGAGAAGGUUGAGUUUACAGCAGUGCCGAAUGAAGCAGUUGCAGGUGGAAAGCAAGCUGUUAGAGUAAGACGGGUGAAUGAGGCCGUCUUCACAUCUGCACCAAAGUUAGAGGCCAUUGGGUUGAAAGAGAAGCAGAAGAAAAUGACCAUCAAAUUGAAGGAUCCAAAGGACAGAAUCAGUGAAGAAGACAAAGGCGGUGAAUCAAAGACUGCAGUCGAUCCAAACAUUGGAAAAGAUGGGACGGUACCAUCUACGACAUUGAUGGCAGAAUUGAAGAAGGAACAAGAUAAAGCUAAAACAAAAGAUGAUAGGGCUCAAGACAGAAGCAGGGACAGUAGUCGCCGCAGGCGUAGUCGCAGCAGAAGCAAAGAAACAGAUCGACGCAGACAUAGUCGCAGCCGAAGCAGGGAUACCCAUCGACGCAGACACAGUCGCAGCAGAAGCCGCAGCCGAGACCGAGGAAGCAGCUACAGACGACAUCGAAGUUCCAGCCGUGAGAGGAGAGACAACAGGAACAGACGCAGUCGAAGCAGAGAAAAACAUCGACGCAGUAACAGUAGAAGUAGAAGCAGAAGCAGAAGCAGAGAGAGAAGUAGUCGAAGUGCUAGGAAGAGAAGCCGGAGCCCAGAGAACAAAGAUGAUCGGUAUAAAAAACAAACCAGCAGUAAAGACGCCAGCAACAAGAAAAGAGUCCAAGAUGAUGAUGUAGAUGAUGAAUUGUUGAAGAAAAAGAAAGAGCUGAUGGAGCUCGAUGAGAUGAUUGCACGUAAGAAAGCCAUUGUCGCUAUGGAGCUAAAUGCAAAAAAAUUUGAGGUUGAGGUGGACGAAGACAACGGCGUUAAAACAUUUGAUUACCAGCAUGCGCGUUGCGAGAACCUGUGGAUGCCUGAAGUGAAACCAGUUAAGUCCAUUUUGAAGAAGCAGUCUGAUCCUCAAACCGAUCCUCAUUUUCAGGCCUCCACAAGCAAGGAAACGGCUCCGUUCAUACAGAGCACUGGUGUCCCGUUCACCUCUAUACACUCUCAAAUAAUUGGUCCUUAUGACUCGCCUGACUACUCUACAAUGGAAAGGAACGCUGAAAAGAGUUUGCGCUCUGAGGAGUACAAGAAGAUGCCUUCACCCCAAAUAAAGGACCCAGAACUGAUUAGGAAAAAAAGGGAGUUAGAUGAACUCAGUGAGUCUAUAGCACGCAAAAGAGCUAUAAUUGCCUUAGAACAGAAAAACAGAGUGGUAUCGAAUGCACCUGCAGUGAAAAGCAAAUUUGAGUUGGAAAUGGAUGACCAGUUUGAACUACCUCAAGUAAAAUUAUGGAGCUCCAACGUCAAAUCCAGUGCUCAACCGAAAAAGUCUAUUUUGAAGAAACGCUCUGAGCUUCUCAUCUCUCAGUGUGACCCGGCCUCCGUUGACGAAUAUGGUCAAGUCAAGCCUAGUCAAGAUAAUUCGGCUUUUACUAAACCAGCUUUUCAGUCUGCAGCAGCUUCCCUAUUUCCUAUUCUACAGCCCAAUCGUUCCGAUACUUUUGGCUUAUUCAACAAAGUCAUAAAUCAGUCUUCAGCAACCUUACACGUGGCCGAACCAUCCCCUUUCAACCAGCCUGCUGUUGUCCCAAAGUCACUUACGCAAGCAUCCAAUCCAAGACCUUUACAUGAACAAAAACCUCUCGGCAUGUCCAAACCAAGCAGUUCUCAUGAGGCCCAGCACAGGGGGAUCUCGCCUCAUGACCAUCUUUAUAGGCAAAGCCCUUCAACAAGUCAGACUUCACCGCCAGAUCCGAAACGCACUGUCACACAAAUGGAGCGCUUUCUAAGUGCUCUCAACAAGGCUGACCAGGGUAUUUUAAGCUCGCUAUUUCAAGAGGCUAGAAAGGGUCUUGAUUUAAUGAGUGAAAAGAAGCAACCUCAACCACAGUUAGAUAGAAAAAUACCCUUCAUGGAUGAUAUUUAUGAUCCUUUCGAAGAUGAAGACGACAACAAUGAGCCCCCUCCUGUGAGAGAAGACUUGGGAAGACAUUCGGUCCACAAACGGGUUAAAAGCCCAAUGGAGACUGAAACCCAAUUUGAAGAUGACCUCUUGCCUCAUGAAAGAGCUUUGAAGGAUGGUAGUGGAUUUUCUUGGCUUGUUGGAACAAAGUAUGGUGGGCAGCCAACAGAAAAUACUGAGAGGAAGCUUCCCUUUGGUCAUCAAAUGGCUUCAGAUAUUCAGCAUGUGCAGCGAGCAGAACCAAACUGGUUUUCUGAACAAUACAAACCACCAUAUGAUGAUGAUAAUCUGCGUGUAGCACAACAAAUAGAUUAUGCUAGUGAUCCCAAUCUGUAUAGCGAAGGUAGUCGGCCUGCACAAAACCGGAGUGUCGAUCAAAAUGUUCAGCACUCUUACAUAAAGGACAGAGAGAUGCCUGACAGCAGGUUUGCCCAAAGUGUAGCUCGUCAGCAGUCUGAAGAAAGCAAUGAGGAAAUAAAUGAAAAGAAAGAACAGUUUGAAAAGAUUCAGAGUCUUCUUCAAACAAUCGGACUAGAGUUAGACACAGGAGAGGUUAGCAAAUUAGCAGACAGGACAAGAGAAAGGUUGUAUGGCAAGACAGUAAAACGUCACAGUUCGUCAUCUCAUUCUGUAGACGUAAACCGAGAGCUAUCCGUGAGCCGAUCCGACCGUGAAAGUAGUAGGGCAGAUUCCUCAGACAAUGAAGGCUUCCGAUCGGUUUCUCCAGCUCAGUCCUCUAGUCGUAGGGUUUACAUGAGCUACAAGGACUCUGUUAAAGACAAAGACCCACACAAAGUGGAAAAUGUGGACCUAACAAGCAUUAAAAGGACCAUAAUGAAUGCAAAGUCGGCAGAAGAUAUGCUGAAUCCUUCAACUCCAUCAUCUGAGAAGACAACAGGUUCUUCAGUUUCCUACCAACCUCCAUCCUCGCACGUUUUACCCACAGUUGUAGCUGGCGGUUCCCAGUAUCCCCCACCAAACCCAACCAUUCCCAACAGUCCGGCUUCACAGUAUUCUUACUACAGUAAUCAACAAAACCCUUGGAGUGUUCCUUAUUCUGCGGAUAGCAGUCAGAAUCCCAAAGUACAAUAUUCUCCGUUCCCAUAUGGCACUAUGCCUCCACCUUCUAAUUCAGCUUAUGCUGGUUUUCAACCAGUGCCCUCAACUACGAGUUAUGGUUCGUACACCACACAAACAGUCAAUAAUUCAUAUCCUUUGGGUACUCAACCUGUACCAGUUUCUUAUGGGCCUCCUGUAGGACAACCCAUUAACGUUGUCUCCUCCACACAACCUGUUAGGUGCCUCAAAACAAUAGAAAUUGUUGAUGUUAAAUCAGUAAGUACGAGUAAUAUUCAACCAGUAAGUACGAGUAAUAGAGUUCUUAGUACCAUUAAUCUCCAAAGCGCGACUCCGGCGAAGGAGGAGGAAGCUGGGAAAAACCAAGUGGCUGCCAUAACAGAGGACGACAUCAAGGCGAAACAGAAGAAAAGGCUUGAACAGUUUAACCAGAGAAUGAAGCUGAAGAAAGAGCAGCAAAUGGAAGCCCUGCGAGCACGUGGACUAAAACAAAGUUCAACUCCAGGAAAAAGCAUCCCCAAUGAGAUAAAGAAUGUGUGGAUAUGUGGCCACUCACUGGUGUUUUGGGCUGAGAAGAGAACAACUUCACCCGAGUUCGGUAUGCAGUUGGGCAUGCACCGCAACAGUGUCCGUAUCUGGUGGAAGGGUGUGCAGGGCAUGACGUGGAAACAGCUCUUACCUUUGCUACUCCAGCUCAAAGACAACUGGCCCAAACCUGACCUUCUCAUAGUUCACCUGGGUGGAAAUGACAUAAGCGCAACUGCUCCAGAGACUUUCAUUGAGACUGUGCAGAAAGAUCUUACCUCGCUGAAAAGCAUAUUCCCCAAAUGUCUCCUGGUGUGGUCGGACAUCCUCGCACGACAGUCCUGGAGGGAUAGAGGAGACAACAAAGAAAUGGACAUUAUUCGCAUGGCCGUUAAUGACAGCAUACAUAACAUUUUGUCUAAACUUGGUGGCUCUGCUGUGCUUCAUGACAACAUAAAGCCACAGUUAGGACUCUAUAGACCAGAUGGUGUUCACCUCUCUGGUAAGGGCAUUGACACCUUUAAUCUGAACCUGCAGGAUUUUCUGGAGAAGUGGGAGAGUGAGGUUGAGAAAAAGGCAGAGUCUGACCCGUCAGUUCAGGAUUCCUAAAAUCAAAUUUUUUUUUGUUCAUUCAUUUAAUGUUUCUCUUGUUUACUGAAUUGUUUAAGUUUGUGCUGUUGUUGUAGAUUGUAAAAACAGCCUAUUUACCAUUUUCAAUGUAAUCAGA